AUGGAUUCUGCGACCCAUGAAAAGUUGUUGCAAGCCACGGCUGGAACUUCGAAAACGGACCUAGAUCUGCCUCAAUCCCUCCUGGAUGCCGCAGGGGAUCUACCUAUCACGCAAUCGCUACUUGAAGUGGCAGCACGCAAUUUCUGGAAUGGAGCGAAGGCAAUGCGGCUUUUCCUGGAUCGACAUACCAAUCUUCCGCUGAGCGAGGCGAUAGUGGCAGCCGCGGCGGGCAACGAGAGAGAUGGGAUUGAGAUAAUAAACCUUCUGUCUAGAUACCUUGAACUUCCGAUAACCACACAAGUCGUGCAGGCGGCGUUACAGAAUAAGCCAAUUGGAGGAGAGAUGAUGAAGCUCCUUCUCUCUAAAGGCGAAAACAUCCCUGUCGCAGAAGAGAUGGUUAUUGAAAUAGCAAGACGCUUCGACGGACAAGCGAUGAAGCUCCUCCUCUCACGAUGCGAGAACGUUUCGAUCACGACAGGAGUAGUAGUCGCAGCUGCAGGGAAUUGGAACGAAGGAAGAGAGGUGAUGGAACUUAUCUGUCAAAGUGAUAGUGUCACUAUCAUGGAAGGAAUAGUUACUGAAGUAGCAAGACGCUUUAACGAACAAAUGAUGAAGCCUCUCCUUUCACGAGGUGAGAAUAUCCCGAUUAUUAUUAUUAUUACUCAUACUCCCGUGCAGGCUGUGCAGUCUAUAGGGUACUAG